AUGGAGCACUUUAAUUCAGUACAAUCAUUUGAUGACUUUCCCACGGAGAGGUUCAAGGAGCAACUAGAGGUUCUCUCAACUUCCAAAGAAUCAAUAGACAAAGCCACACAAUUUGUAGUCGAGAAUGUAUCGGUCAUCGAUGACCUAUUUGAAGUUCUCUUAAAUAGAAUGAGAAAAGUAUGUGUAAUGAGCAAAGUUGAAGAGAAUUCAAUCUUAAGAAAAAAAGAGAGAGGGAGAGAAGAGUGUAUAUGGGAGAAAAACAAUAUAUUUGAUGAUACUUUACUAUCAAAAGCAAAUUCAAUACUUUCAGGAACUAUAAAUUACAAAAAGCAAUUCAAAUUGUCCGAUUGGUCAUUCGACGAUAUCGACAUGACAAACUACUAUUUUGAAUCGUCAAACAACAACAACAACAAUAAUGAUAACAACAAUAAUAAUAUAAAUUUUCACCAAUCACAUCAACAAAAUAGUAUGAAUAUCGAUCAAUUCAAUUAUAAUACAACAGCAGAUAAUUAUAAUAGUAAUAGUAAUAGUUAUCAAAAUAAUAAUAAUAAUGUAGAUUUUAAACAACCACAACAACAACAACAUACAAACUUUAAUAAUAAUGAUAAUAAUCAACCUAUGAAUAUAGAUUACCAACAAGAUAGGCCAUAUUCACCAAACUCCACUAAUAAUUAUCAAUUAUUAUUUGAUUAUAGAAUUUAA